UUGUCAAGCUCUUCUCAUCUAUACUUACUUGACAUGGCUAUUUCUAAAAUAACCCUUGGAAUCAUAUUUUUACUUCUCGGGCUCACUGAUACGUUAUCUCCUGUAUCGAAUAAUUGCAAGUUCCCGGCAGUUUAUAACUUUGGAGAUUCGAAUUCUGAUACCGGAGCUAUUUCUGCGGCCAUCGGAGAGGUUCCUCCACCUAAUGGCGUUGCCUUUUUUGGAAGAUCCGUCGGACGACAUUCUGAUGGCCGUCUCAUUAUAGAUUUCAUUACUGAAAAUCUCACGUUACCGUAUCUAACACCGUACUUGGAUUCUGUUGGAGCUAAUUACCGGCAUGGUGCUAAUUUUGCGACUGGUGGUUCUUGCAUCCGCCCCACGGUUGCUUGUUUUAGCCCAUUCCAUCUUGGGACUCAAGUGUCACAAUUCAUUCACUUCAAGACUCGUACCUUGUCUCUCUACAACCAAACCAAAGGAAAAAGUCCAUUUUGUAGAGGAGUCCUUGCACGGCCCAAAGAUUUCUCAAAGGCUCUUUAUAUAUUGGAUAUCGGCCAGAACGACCUUGCGGUUGGGUUCCAAAACAUGACAGAGGAACAACUCAAAGCAACUAUACCUACAAUCAUCGAAAACUUCACCAUUGCCUUAAAAUUGUUGUACAAAGAAGGAGCAAGGUUCUUCUCAAUUCAUAACACCGGGCCGACAGGUUGUUUACCGUACCUUUUGAAAUCUUUUCCCGCUACACCGCGAGAUCAGUACGGUUGUUUGAAGCCUCUUAACAAUGUGGCCGUUGAGUUCAACAAGCAACUCAAGUACAAAAUAUCCGAACUAAACAAGGAGUUACCUUCUUCUCUCUUUACUUAUAUUGACGUCUACACAGCCAAAUACAACUUGAUCAUCAAAGCAAUAAAUAUCGGUGUUGUGGAUCCAUUUGAUUAUUGUUGCGUUGGGGCGAUCGGACGCGGAAUGGGAUGUGGGAAAACAAUAUUUCCAAAUGGGACAGAACUUUAUAGUACUUCCUGCAAAAACCCUACAAAUUUCAUAAGUUGGGAUGGUAUACAUUACACCGAAACUGCGAAUAUGCUUAUCGCAAACCGGAUCCUCGAUGGUUCGAUAUCAGAUUCACCUCUCCCAACACAAAAAGCUUGCAAGCUGACGAAAACUUAAAUUUCCAAUAUAUGAACUAAUGAAUGUAAACUACAUAUACUAGUUUUUAUUGCUUUCUAAUAAUUAAACCAAUAUUCGAUUCAAAAAACCUUUUCUUAUUUUGUUGGUUUGCAUAGUGACAACUUCUUGAUUCGGUGGGACGU